GGGCGGCUGGCACGGGCACCGGAGUGAGGUCUCAGUGCCGCGGGUUUAGGUGUGUGGCCAAGAGGGGCGCCCGCCGGCCUCCUCCACCGCCAUGAUGGACCCGCACAUCAAGACUCAUUCCCUGGAGAGAUCCCUGCUGCCCCUGGUGACGGAGAUCAGCACCUUGGUAUCUUCGCCAGGGGAGCGGGGCGGGGCAGGCUGUGAUAAGACAGCUCGGGCCCUACAACGGGUCGGACAAGCCGUCAAUGUAGCAGUAGACCGCUUCGUCACUGUCGGCGAGACCAUAGCAGACGACAACCCAGAGAUUAAGGUGGAUAUGUAUGAAGCUUGCAAGGAGGCGAGAGCUGCAGGUCUGGCCAUCGAGAAACUGUGUGAGACGGCAGAAGCGAAUUUCGUGGUAGACACAGGAGUGGGCGGCGGCGGGGGCGGGGGGGGAGGCGGCCGGCCCGAGUACCGCGCCUCAAUGAUCCGAGCAGCGCGGUGCCUCCUCUCUUCUGUCACCCGAGUCCUCCUGCUGGCGGACACUGUGGUGGUGAAACAGCUUCUACUCGCUAAAGAUAAGGUCACACAUAGUCUGUCGCGGCUGGAGAGCGUCACCAACUUCACGGAGUUCGUCAAGGCGUUCAGUCACUUCGGCGCCGAGAUGGUGGAGCUGGCGCACCUCACAGGGGACCGCGCCGCUGACCUCAAGGACGAGAGGCGGCGCGCGCAGAUGGCAGCCGCUAGACAAGUCCUCGAUAGAUCCACGAUGAUGCUUCUCACGGCUUCAAAAGUGUGUUUGCGUCACCCGGAGUGUCUCACCUCGCGAGAAAACAGGGACACCGUUUUCUGCCAGAUGCGGCGGGCCAUGGACCUCAUACACUACGUGGUGAAGGACGGCGUGCUGGACUCCGUCAACGCCCACGGCGAGGCCAGGAUAAACGGCCAGAGCCCCGCUGAGUCCCCGGGAUCGUUGAGGACGCGCCAGGAGGACUGGGACAACAACCACACCAUGUACGGCGCGAUUCGUCACCUGGAGGACUCCGUGGAGAUGACGAGGAUGACUCUGUGUGGCCCGGCCGUCAGGGACCGUCUCUGCCAGGCUGUGGACACGAUAUGUGAGAGGAUGCAGGACUUCACAGACUCAGCCUACACCUCCCAUGAGCACCGCGAGAACAUCCUGCUGCUGCUGGACAGGAUACGCCUCCAGGUGAACCAACUACUGCGGGUCGGCAUGAACCUGGAGCAAAAGGAGCCGCCCUCUCCCGGGGAUGAGCUGGAGACGGCCAUCAACGCAGUGCUGACAGCGACCAGAGAGAUGAAGCACCAACUGCAGACCACCGCACUUGUACAGGCUGAGGAGUUGGUGCGUGGUGCAUGUGAGGAGAGUGAGCUGAUCAGUGCCCUCAAGAACGCAGGCCUUGCCACUGACCAGGAGCGGCUGGACGAGUACGCUGACCGCUUCCUGGAGCAUAUAGAACAUAUACAGGAGGUGUGUAAGUUGCUGCGCCACAUUGCCACCACAGACUCUCUUCAAGUGGCCGCCAAGUAUGGGGAAAUAAACCUGAGAAUUUACGGGCCCCAGGUGGUGACAGCGGCUCAGACACUCUGCCUCUACCCAACCUCCAAGAUUGCCAAAGAGAAUGUGGAAGUGUUUGCUGACAUGUGGCUCAACCUGGUGGGGGAUGUGAAGAGCCUCACCAAGGACAUCAGCGACCAAAUCACAGCUGAGAACAAGCCACCAGAGAAGCAGGUCUACGUAUCUCUCCCUCGGCCUGGGAAACACGGCACGACCAGCAAGCCCCCCAAGCCUACCAAGCUUGACCAAGAGGAGCAAGCCAAGUUAGCCAAGUCAGGACUUGACAUGAAGCUCAUAUCCUCAGAGGUGGACCAGGAGACGGAGAAGUGGGAGGAGCGGAUCACCCAAGAUGAGGAUAAUGACAUAGUGAAGCGUGCCAAAAACAUGUCCUCCAUGGCCUUCUCCAUGUACCAGUUCACAAGGGGGGAGGGAGCACUCAAGACCACCCAGGACCUCUUCACGCAGGGCGAGUACUUUGCUGAGGAGGCAAACAGGUUAUACAAGGUGGUCAGGCAGUUCUCCUACCAGGUGCCGGCAGGACCCCACAAGAAGGAGCUCAUGGAACACCUGGACCAGAUCCCGACGCACGUCCAGCAGCUGCAGUUCACCGUGAAGAACCCCACGGUGGGCAAGGCGGCAACCUUCACCAAGGUGGACAAUGUUAUCCAGGAGACCAAAAACCUAAUGAACGUUAUAUCAAAGGUGGUGACAACCUGCUUUGUCUGCGCCACCAAGUAUGAGCUGCGCCUCCCCGAACGCCUGGAACUCCCCACACUGGAUGACGUCCGCGCCUCUGGGCAGGGCAACACAAUCGGACAGUACAACUUGGACUUCCGAGGCCUCAGCCCCAGAGGACGUGGCAACUCCCCCUACCGCUCAGAUGGAGAAGACGUGUCCGGUUCUGGCAACAACUCCGCCACGGGCGGGGGGUCGGGAUCGGAGGGGAACAUGUGACAAUUCGGGAUGGCCCGCCGGGGCAAGGGAGAUGCUCGUAGAACACGCGUCUCCUUCCUCCUCUUCUAAACAGGAGAGCGAGGACCCCGGCGGGCCAUCGGGGAACGCAGGUAGAGAGACACCACAGCCUGAUCCAAGCUAGGGUGUUGACAACUCUUAUUCAGUCAUCUCAUGCAGCAGUCAUGCAGGUUUUAUCCUUAAAGUUGCAGCUUUGCUGCUGUUAUGUCCUGCAUCUGAGAGACAGCAAGUACUUAGCUAUGAUGAGUAUUGUGGCAACAGCGCAUCAACGUGCACUGAGCUGUGAGCUCCUGCCUCUCAGUUUGGCUUCUGUUCUUCAAAUGUAUUCUUAGUGUAAUAUUCCUGAUGCAUUACUGUUAGAGAAGGAAGCAGUGCUUAUUUGCUACUUCUGCCUAUAAAGAUUGAGGAAAAAUUUCCCAAUAACAAACAAACUAAGAAUACAGAGUUAAAGAUCACAUCUGACCUCUGCUUAAACAAGGCGCUGUGCAUCACACAGCCGGCGGAGAGUUGUCAAUGCUGCACACCUCGGCACUGCAGGGACAGCAGCUGUGUUCAGUGUUCAGGGACAACAUUGCUUCCACUCAGGAUUGUAUUGUAUUUUUUGGUGCUAAAGAGAAAUGCAUCACCACAUGUAUCACAUAACUCAGCGUGGCCACAGCAUGCCACCUCAGAUGACCUCAAAAGCACAAAGGAAUAAACUAAAAAGCUAACACGUACAGCUGCUCUUCACUAAUGAUGGCAGCAUGUAUUAAUACUUCCAAUCUGUCUACAUAUCUCUUGCGCUUCCUCUUAUCUCUAGCUUGUAUUUCAAUCCCCCCAUUCUCUCUCUCUCUCUCUCUCUCUCUCUCUCUCUCUCUCUCUCUCUCUCUCUCUCUAAGCUCCACACAUGCUGGAGGACAACCCUGACACAUGCUCUCUCUGGCUGCGUUCCCCACUUAGGUUAAGGUUCUAGUCUUGAAAAAGAAGCAAAAUCGGUGUUAGCACUUCAUUAGACUCAGGUUACUAACAUUUCUUUGAGAGGCUGCAGUGUCUGCCUUCUGACAAACAAGAGGUGAAAAGAACUAAGUGUCAGUCCUGAGACUCUCUGGGAUCAAAUCUUACAUUCUCCCUGUCAUCACAGCGCUAAAUUAAGGCAGGGUGACUGCAUUAUUCUUAUUACACUGACUUUGUGACGCGUUUUGUUUGAGGACUGGCAAAGAAAUUGUUCACUAAAAUAAUACAUGGUUUAAAGGGGAAAAUAUUGGCACUGAUUUCUUUUGUGAUCAUUAUUUUUUUCUGUUGCUCUGGUAUUGUGGAGUUUAUGAAAUCAAAGAAUAAUUGGAAUUUACAUCCUAACCUGCUUUUGUCAACAAAACACACACACACACACACACACCAUGUAACACGCACACAUACACACACACACUUCACAUAACACGCACGCACGCACGCACGCAUGCACGAACGCACGCACACACACACACACACACACACACACACACACACACAGUCAAACUUACUCAACUGAAAUACUCAAUUCAUAUUCCAAUACUUUUGCUUUCUUGUUGGUAGAAACCUGUACUACAUGUGCAAGUGUGUGUGUGUGUGUGUGUGUGUGUGUGUGUGUGUGUGUGUGUGUGUGUGUGUGUGUGUGUGUGUGUGUGUGUACAUGGUGUCCACACCAAACAUUCCACCAAAGCCCAAGGAAAGGAAAACACUUGUUGUGAGAAGUGUGUAUGUGUGUGUGUGUGUGUGUGUGUGUUUAGACUUAAGUACUCCUCUCAGAUCUCAUUGAAAUUCUCCCUUUCAGUCUGUGCUGUGAGUGACUGCACCAUGAUCAAACACAACCAUUGUCUAUUUUUACAUAUCACAGUAUUUUGUCGGGUUUGCUUCCCACCGAGUAUUAUUUGGUGAAGACCAAUCAUAUUUUGACUUGGCAAAGUUAUGAAAUAUGCCCUGACUUGGACUGCCCUUAAAGAAUAUAUUUUUGAGCUGCAUUAGUGUGCUUAUAGACUUGAUCUUUACUUUUGUAUGUGACAAAAGCCAAAAAAUGCUCCCUCAACAAGCAGUUACCUUGUGUUAUGUUGCUUGCUUCUCAUUCCAAGGCUUAUUAUGCCAUCUUGAUAAAUAAAACUUAUUUGCUCAAAAUAUUCAAUAAAUUCAAGUAUUGUUGGAAGGGUCUGCUCUGUCGUGGGAACUAAAGCAACAGAAGGGGGAGAGUGAGGCCCACCUGAAUAUCACACGACUGGUAAUCAAGAAUUCCUGGUGGAAGAUGUUUGCCCUCGUAGAUACAACCCUUCCAAGAUAUAUAAGUGAAUCCAUAGUUGAUAUAUUGUUGUAGUAGGUGAGAUUUUUUCAGGGUAAUAUGAAUAGCUGAGUCACUAUAUUUGUUGAUAUUCUUUAGGAAUGUGUACAAAAUAUAUGUACAUUAAUUUAACUGUUGCUGCUGACUAGCCAUUCCAUUUAAACAGGGUUACACUGUAUAACCUUAUUAAUUUGGGCCUCCCUGAUCAAUAUUGUACAAAGACAUCACAAAAACCAGAGACCGAUUCAUUUGUAAGCUAUCAGACAUGCACAUGAGAACUACGAGGCAAGAACACUACGAUGGCUUUACUUCCUCCAUACAAUACAUUCAGGAAAGGACAGCUUGCCACUCCUCAUGGCCGAGUAAGAGGAGGACCUAUCUGAGUCGUAGAAGCAAGAGUGUGAGUCGCUUGAGGCCAAAUUAACAAGGUUCCUAAUGUACUGUGUUGCAGAUUGUUGAGUCCUCACACUCCCACUGAAGUGUCGUUCUGUGAUAACGAGUGAUGGAACAACCUAGCCUAGGUAGUAAACAUUUAAUAAGAUGAAGACUUCAGAGAGUGAAAGCAUAAUCUUUUCAUACAGACAGUCAAGACUCCUGAGGAUAAGCGGGGACAUAUAUAGUAUAUUUACAUUUAGUGAGAAAUGUUAUGGACACCUCAGUAAUGCUCUUCUUGUAUACUGCAGAUUAUGUUUGUGUGUUUGUAAGCAUAGUUGCAUCAUCAGUGCAACAGUCUGAGUGAGCCGAGGUGCAGUGCCUAAGCUGCCCUCCAGUAGGUAACACUGAUGGAGAAUUGUUACAAGACCCCAGCUUGGGGACGAACUUGUCAGGUAUUCUCCCAACAUUUUAUUUCCUUCAAUGCAUGUUACCAUUUCAUAACCAGUGUGCUUCAAACUUUUUUUUUAGGACACUGAGUUUGGUUCAAUGCCAUCCAAUGGAGAACCACACGCGUGUUGAAAUAUAUGAAGCAUCAAUGUAAUUUUCAGAAAAUGCCUGCAUUGAAUUAUUCAACUCUGCCCUGUUGUCAACCAUAGCUUUUAUAUAAUAGUGAAAAUCUAAAAUACUUUUUAUAUUGGAAAGUUAUAUAUUUAAGUUUGAAAUACAUAUGCAAACCUUUAAUUCUGUUUAAUGAUAUGAUAAAUCUUGUUUGGGUGGAGUGAAGUGAAGAAAUGUAUCUGUUGAUGUUAUAAUUUUAUGCCAGCUUUAAGCCGUGACGCAUUACUGUUAUCAUCUUGAUGGUUAUUGCACUCAAAAAAAAUUUAGCAAGUACUUGUGCAUACAUUACAUAUUUGAUCAGAUAUGUUUUUAAAAACUCCCUACAGCUCUUUGCAAAACAGAGAUCCUGUUACUGACAGUCAUCAGAAUGGUUAGCAAGUAUUGACACUCAUAAUUGCCUGACAAAAAUUGUGAACAAUCCACUAAAGAAAUUAUAUUUAUAGAUUAUAUAUCUGGACCAACAAGGACAGUUUAGUGGAGUCUGAUGCAAUGUUAGUAAUGAGUUAACUUAUUUCAGUGUAUGUUUAGCACUAAUUACAUACAGCAAUACUUUUUAAAUAUAAUUAUCAUAUGCAUUGUUUUCUUAGGGGCAUGACACUGUUACCAGGAGUUUUAUUAUUUGUUGACUGUUUGUAAUAUAGACAGCAUUUAUGCGAGAAGUUGUAUGCAUUCCAGAAAAUCUGACAUUCUUGCUACAGAGGCUAGGUAGCAGGAAGAGACGUGUACACUGCAGUGACCUAAGAGGCUGCUGGUGCGGUGCCAAGCAGCGGAAAUAGCUCACCACUGUGUGUUCAUUCAUACCUCACACCACAAUGUGCAUUACGCUGAUGGUGUCACUGCAGUCAAAGAGAGUUUGUGGUGUGCAUCGGCCACACUCACACACACACACUUCAUUGCGCCUCCAGAGUCUACUUGAUACGACUGGAACUAAGACUCUUGUCGUAGAAACCAGUCUCAAAGAACUAAAGCAAGCAAAGCACAAGUGGAUAUUACGAGUGAUGCAAUCUGUCACUAACUUAAGGAUGCACACAUACACUUGUUUCUUCAAUUAUAUAUCUUUAUACUAACUGGAAAAUGGCAUUGUUGGAUUGGCUAAAAUGGAAAAUGCUCAUUAUUGCUAUGUAUAUGUAUAAUCAAAGCAUUCUUCUCAAGGAGUGGUAAUGAAAUUCAGAAAAUCUAAGAAACGAAUAGGAAAAGUGCAGUUGCUACAAUCAAACCAUGAGACAACUAAGUCAAAAUGCCUUUGUAUGAGAAGCUCUGUGGGAGGCUGAUUGUAUGUGCUCCUGUUGUUUCCUGACGCCAGUUUAGCAGCCAAGUGGGCCAUGCCGCAGGGAUGCCCAAGGGCUCCUCGAGGGUCUGGCCCAAACCCAACUCCAGAAAGAAUCAAACUAAGAGUCCUCCAUCGACCACCCCAUACGCCCUUCCAGUCCCAUGAUGUGAAUCUCUCCAAGCAUCAGUUAUCUGUUCAUUAAUUGUUGUUGAUUUAGAGUAUUACUUGUUAGCCACUCUCAACCCCCUUGACCUUGGUACUCAAGUAAGCAUCGUCUUCAAAUACAAAACAGCAAUACCUGUUUAUUUCGUACUGUUAAAUCAUGAAGUUAUAUUUUUCCUAGGGAUAUUCAAAGCAUCAUUUCAAGAAGAAAAAUAUAAGACUAGAAUGAUUGUGCAUCCCUUGAGUGCAACAAUGUGAGCAAAAUGUCUUUUUAAUAGCUAUCAGUUAAGUUUACUACUAGUCACACCUUUCAGGUUGACAACUGGGUGCGAUAUAUAUAGUAUUACAUGGAAUUUGUUACCUCAUUAGUGGUAGGCAUCAUUAUGUGGUUAAAGAAAGAAAAAUAUUAGGCAAUGAAUAGUUUUUUUCAACCUCAAGUGGUGACCAAGAAUUCUACUCUGCCGUGUCUGUGUUUGUUGUGUGCUUGUGAGAGAGUGAUGUGUGUUGCUGCACUGUUGCAUGAACAUAGACAAUGAGGCUACUCUUGACACACAUUUUUAUCACUAAAAAAUCUCACUGAAUUUUUCACUUGCGGGAAUUUUCACCUGAGUUGCUGUACACCACGCUUGCCUAGAUCCCAGCGAGCAGUGUUGUGUGACGCUCCACCACCCAUCAGAUGGCAACGCUCUUGUUCGGGCAAGACUCUUUUACCUCUAAAAAUUUUUUCUUGAUUUUGAAUGAAUAGAAGAAAAUCAAAAGAUGUUUGUUGAAUAUUUUUAUGCUCAAAGGGCAAUAGGUUUCUUGUGUCUUAAUGAAAUAUAUGUUUUGUAGGGAAAUUAUAUUUUUAUUACCAGAUAUUUGUAAUUAAUGAAAUAUACAACUAUGAUGGUUUUGCCUGAUCAAAAGUUGUUGCAUUAAAUGGCUGGUUAUAUCCUUUAUGUUGGUGAUAUACCAAACUGCACUGUUGGAAACAUGUCGGUCAAUUCCACCUCACCUGUGGUCGAGUGAAUAUUAUGCCCGCACUUGUUGUUUCAGUAUUUACAAACUAAAUUCAUUAAUGUAUUUGAAGUGUAGGUUUAUUUCAGGCACAGAGAAUAUGUAUAAUGUGGCCCUAGGACUCACCCCAGAGAAAAAGUCUCUUCAUUAGCAGUCUUUAUUUGCUGGGGGUAAAUUUGGCAUCUUUGGGGUAAGUCGUCGGAGCCUGUGUCGUGUGGUGUCUGGGAGGCGAGACUGACGAGCACGUCGUCGCACGCUCCCCAGCUUUCAUACCGUGUCUCAGUGUGUGUGCUGCCGUCAAGCAGUUGUCUCUGGUAUUGUUGAGCUGUGUUCGCUUCUGUGAAGAUGGUGACUGCCCCAGUGUACCAAUCCACCACCACCACCACCACCGAUACCACCACCAACAACAACGGAAAGGAACGGUGACUUCCGAGACCUUAGUUGACGUUGUGCAUUGGGAUGAUUUACUUUAUUACAUCUUCAUAUUCAAAAGAUGACGUGACUGAAGGUUUCAACCAUACAUCUAUUUUGGCCUUUUCUCCAAAGACCUUCCCAAUGAGUGGUUCCCUGUAAGUUGUGUAAGAUAUCAUUAGCUAUAUUUUAUUUUAUACAUUCUGAUGAUGGUAUGCACUGGCCCUCCCGGGAAAGACAUUUAAUGGAAGGAAUGAACAGGCUAAGCCAGCCUUCCUUCCCUUGCAAGGCCUGAGUUAUUUUCUGAGGUUUGUAAAGAAAGUGAAUAAUGUCUACCAUGUGAGCUUGUAUGUUCCUACCCCUUGUCCUCCUCCACAGACCCAGCUGUCCACUGUUAUCAAAGUUUUUGCAAAGAAGUGACCUUCUUGUAUAUGUGAUUAACAAAAUAUGAAGCAGAAUGAAAUGUUGAGUAUGGCAGCAAGAGCACCAUACACACACAAUCACACACACACACACACACACACACACACACACACACACACACACACACACACAAAACCAGAGUUCUAAGUAUUACAAAUCAGCUCUGUAUUUCUACAACCAACACCAACCAUCACCAAGAGGCUGAUUCCUCUGCAGUCAUCACACUCAUGGCAGCAAAUGCAAUGUGCUAAAGAUGCUAAAGCUGAGCUACAAUAUUUUUGCUUAUUGCUAUAUUGCAAAAUGGUACAGGUAGCACUGUUUUAUUCACUUGAGUAUCACCUCAGUGAUCACCAUCAUAUUUAGUUCAUCCUUUACGCGAGUUAGCUUCCCUCUCCACACUGCCUCGCCAUGCACAUCUGGCACCUUUCCAUGAAUGAAUACGUAAUCCAUAAACCAGAAGGUCAUGGCUUGUGCAACACGACCCCGGCUAUUGGACAGUUUAUUCAUUGUUGAGGCUGCAGUGUAAAUCUGGCGAGAGAAUCCCCACCCGCCAAGUACCAUUAUUGUGUAUAAACAUAUUUGUUCAGCCGCUCCCUGAAUGUAAAUAGAGCUUGUUCACAUUAUAAACAGUAUUUCAUAUGUUCAUUAAAACGUGAGGUUAUAAUAAAACAUGAAAGAUA